AUGCUGUGCUUGUCGGUGUCCCAACUCAUUAGAAGAGGGCAAACGUGGUAUUUGCUGGCCACCCUCGCCCUGUUGAUGGGCCAGCUGGCCAAGGCCCAACUCGAGGCUGACUAUGAAUUCCAGAUAUUCGAAGAGUUGCCACCCGGUCAUACCGUUGGUAACCUUAUUGAGGCCAUGUAUGCCCCGUUGGCGCACUCACCAGGGCAACAACGCCAAGGGUCGAUGCCGCACGAGGGAAGUGGUGUUAGUGGGAUCGAAAAUGAUGGGAACAGUGGUCUACGUUUUCAGAUCCUCAACGCCGCUGAACAGGGGGCCAGCCUAUUUACACCUUUAACAUGA